AUGCUGAGUGGCGCUUUUGCUGGCGUACAGGUGCUGGCGCAUUUGCUCUUCAAGCAGCCCGCCUGGCUACCACAAGGUUACCUGAACCGCAGCGGCGCGCACUGUGAGAGUUGGCAGUGGCAGCAAGGCCUCAGCUGCUGGCAGGGCGAACUCUUCCUCGCCCAUGACGAGAAUGUGCUGGACCGCCUUGUGAGCUGCUGUUCCGGCCAGACGCCGGAGAUAUGCUGGGCAGAAGGUCGUUCGGCCGUGGAGUGCUGCGCGCCGUUUCUGCCGCAGAUUUUGGGCCGGAUGCUUUACAACCGCACUGCCACGGUGGUAAGCACCACGCUGCGCCUGUCGUUCGCGGAGGUGAAGACUGCCAUGAGGCUGCUGUGGGCCUGUUUCGAGCACCUGCCGAAGGUGUUGCAGGAGCCGGUGCGCAACUCGGUGUACACCAUGCGUGCAAUGUGGGCGGUGCACACCCACAGCGCGGUACCUUUGGAGUUUGGGCGCAAGGACCCCUUGAAGUUGUCGGCCAAUAGUCGCCUGAGCUUCCAGCAGAGGAAGAUCCGGCUGGUGAAGGACUACAGUGUGCGGCAUGAGUGCGUGCUGAACAUCUUCACUGGGUCGUGCCAGGCUUUGCACGUACCCAUCUUUCCACGCCUCGGCAUGGUGCAAGGGCCAAGCAACCGCGAUGAGAGCCUGGACUUCUUGGGGGUCACCACAGGCUCGGAGAUUGUGUGCCCCAAGCACAGCUUCAGCUCUGCAGACUGCCCCUCCCGGGUCUUCACCUGCCAUGCGCUGCGCAGAAACUGGCAACGGCUGCGGCCCCUGCUGGACGAGGAGGUACAGCGAGUGGGAAGAUGUGCUGGAGACCGCUUGGUCCGCUGCAGAGCAGGGCGAGCACUUUGCCAUGGCGGACGUGGGCGCAGGGGAAUUCGGGCUGUGGGCGGUGCGCGCCGCCAAAGCCUUCCUGCGCAAGGCGCAAGACUGGCAGAGCUGUGA